AUGGCCAUUCGACCCGUCAGCAUCCAAGCCACGACAACGACUACUAAGCCCACGCCUGCGCCUGCGCCCACGCCCACGCCCACGCCCACGCCCACGACGACCACCCCUCCGCACAUUUCGCCUCCCUGGACGGCUGUAUCACACGCUCUCAAUCCCUUUGGCGACUCCAAUGGCCGUCGCGACAGCUUCACCACUCUCAUCCCAUACCGACGCACCUCGACCUCGACAUCCUUCUCGCUGCACGCCGCUCCCGCCCGCCCGGCCCUGGCCCGCAGCAUGACUUCGGCCUCGCACCUGCCGCACCAUGCCAAACUGCACAAGAGGUCCGGCUCGACCUCGUCUCAGGCUCCCGCCGUCUUCACCAUGCCCUCGCCCAUCCAGAACGAGUUCACCCAGCCCAACUCGUCCAUGACCACCACCCAACAUGCCCGCCACUCUUCCGCCAACAAGAUCAAGCCUUACCUCCGCAAGAUGUCGUUGCGGGACGACGACUUGGACCAAGGCCGCCUCGAUCUGUCGCGACCCUCUGCCGAGAACGAGUCACUGACCGGUCUCGGUAUCUGCGACGACGCUCCAUCCUUCUCGAGAUCCGCCUCGGAUGUCUCGUUCAUUCCCUCCACCCGCCGCAAGGCCUCUCAUUCCCGUGCCACUAGCGGCCCUGCCUCGAUGACGGUUGCUGCUUCGGGUCCGCUGCGUCCGACACAGCCCUUUGCUCCUCUACGCGAGGCCCCGCGGUCAUUCACCCCGCCUGCAACCGUCUCACAGGUUGACACAUCCGACGACGAGGCAGAAGAAAGCGUUGGUGUCCUCACCAACGACAUCCGCCAACCUGACUACGAACCCUGGAAGCCUCGCAGAUCAAUCUCCAUCUCCUCCAACCCAGCAAUCACACCCCUCUCUCAAACAUAUACCGCUGGUUCUCUUACCAAGUUGACCAGUGCAUCUCAAUCCAAUCUUUCUAUUCGCUCUCAGCCCUCGUAUGACCACAUAAAGUCGGGUCGCUCUGUUCGAAACACUGGUAGAUCCAGUGAUUACCCAGCGACCCCUUCUGCUCGUACUUCGAUUGACAAGGCCUUCAGCUUCAUCACACGCACCUCUGAGCCAGAGGAUGCUGCCUCGCGAGCUGCCGCCAUCCGUGCUGCUCGUAGGGCUUUUGAAGAAAAGGAGGCUGCAAAAGAUCGCAAGUACGAGAAAGAAGAGGUCAAGCGCAGAGCCUCGGUCAUCAAGAAGGAAGAGCGCAAGUGGCGGAAGACGGAUCCACGGGCGAGCAUGACCAGUAACGGCAGCAACAGUAUCGUGGUCGACGAGGAGAAGGCUGUUGCUGGCACUGAUUAUGCAACUCAAACUCCUGCGCACGACCUUAGUCUACCCAUCCAAGGAGACCACAGCGGUGCUGCACCGACAGUACCGCUCUCACCGCCAUCGCCGAGCAAGACCAAGCAGGCUAAGGGUGGGUGGAAUCGAUUCCUUGCCUGGACGCGAACCAGGCUUCUCAACUGCGGCGGGAAUGCUUGA